AUGGCUGUUCCUGCUCACGCUCAGGCUUCGCUGCCUGCGCUUCCUGCUCAUCUCCAAGAUGACACGCACUUGACGGCGCACCUUGCCAGCAGGUUCCACGUCUCGCUGCCCACGGCUCAGCUGUCAUCACACGCCAUCAUCGCCCUCAACACAUACACCUCCUCGGCAAAGGGCCCGGAUGGCUCAAAGGAAGGCAGCGCUAUGGGCGCUGCUGAGGACCUGGCCUCCAGAGCGUGGACUCGUCUAGGAUCCAGGCAGGAGAACCAGGCCGUCGUCUUUCUCGGUGAAACCGGCUCAGGCAAGACGACCCUUCGCUCCCAUGUUCUGUCCGCCCUGCUCAACUACACAUCGACGCCACUGUCCAACAAGCUGUCGUACGCCGCCUUUGUAUUCGACACUUUGACCACCACAAAGUCCGUCACCACCCCGACCGCCUCCAAAGCCGGCCUCUUUUUCGAACUUCAAUACGACACAUCCUCUAGCCUCCAUCCAACUCUGGUUGGUGGAAAGCUGCUCGAUCACCGUCUGGAGCGCAGCAGGGUUGCCACCAUCCCACCCGGCGAGCGUAACUUCCAUGUCCUCUACUACCUUCUAGCCGGCACCAGCCCACAAGAGAAGGAACAUCUUGGUCUCGACCAGGCAGGUCCUGCCACCAACAGACAUUCGCUCGGUAACGGUGGUGCAAAGAGAUGGAGAUACUUGGGACACCCCAGUCAGCUCAAGGUUGGCAUCAACGAUGCUGAAGGUUUCCAGCACUUCAAGACGGCUCUGCGCAAACUCGAGUUCCCUCGUGAUGAAAUCGCGCACAUGUGCGAGAUGCUUGCCUGUAUUCUACACAUCGGUCAACUUGAAUUUGUCACAACUCAGUCGACCACUCCGUCCGCCGAUGACAGUGGUGGUUACUCACACGAGGGAGGCGAGGAUGUUACUUCAGUCAAGAACAGAGAUACUCUGCACAUCGUCGCUGCUUUCCUCGGUGUUUCCGAGAGACAGCUCGAAGAGAGUCUAGGCUAUCGCACAAAGAAGCUCCAUCGUGAGCGCGUCACUGUCAUGCUGGAUCCCAAGGGUGCUAGAGACAAUGCUGAUGAACUUGCACGCACCUUGUACUCACUUUUCGUUGCCUACAUCAUCGAACGCAUCAACCAGAAGAUUUGCUCGGCAGAGGAAGCUAUCGCUAAUACUAUCUCCAUCGUUGAUUUCCCAGGUUUCGCACAGUCUUCCUCCACUGGCUCUGUUUUGGACCAGUUGCUAAACAACGCAGCAUCUGAAUCUCUCUACAACUUCUGUCUGCAGAGCUUCUUCGAACGCAAGGCUGAUCUCCUCGAGACUGAAGAAGUCAGCGUGCCUGCAACCAGCUACUUCGACAACACCGACGCAGUCAAGGGUCUGCUCAAAUCUGGCAAUGGCCUCCUCAGCAUCUUGGACGAUCAAAUGCGUCGUGGCAAGACCGACCAACAGUUCCUAGAGAGCGUCAGGAAGCGUUUCGAGGGAAAGAAUCCCGCCAUUGAGGCUGGCGCCUCUACUCAGACUCUCCCUGGAAACAACUUCGCUACUCGCAAUGCCAAUGCUGCCUUCACCGUCAGACAUUAUGCUGGUGAGGUCGACUAUCCUGUCGAAAAUCUCCUUGAAGCCAAUGGCGAGAUUAUCUCUGGUGAUCUUAUGAACCUCAUCAACUCGACCUCGAACCAAUUCGUCAGCGACCUCUUUGGCCAGGAGGCACUGAGUAAGGUCGUUCAUCCCAAGGACCGCUCAGCUGUCGUGCAAGCUUCGGUUGCUUCGAAGCCCUCAAGAAUGCCCAGUAUGGCUAAGCGUACUGGCGAGCGUCCUGCUAGACUCGGUGCCAUGCGACAAGACAGUGAUAACGGCAAGAGAAGCGUUUCUCACACUCGCAAGGGUGAGCCUGAACAGCAACAAGGUGCCGCUGCCCAGUUCUUGUCUUCUCUGGACAACAUCACCAAAUCUCUCUCUGAUCCUCGCACCAACCCAUACUUUGUAUUCUGUUUGAAGCCCAACGAUCGCAGAAUUGCCAAUCAGUUUGACAGCAAAUGUGUCCGCACUCAAAUGCAGACACUUGGUAUCGCUGAGAUCAGUCAACGUCUGCGUAACGCUGACUUCAGUGUGUUUAUGCCAUUCAGCGAGUUCCUCGGGGUGGCCGAGGGCGACGUUUCUGUUGUUGGCACUGACAGAGAGAAGGCGGAGAUGAUCUUGGACGAGAAGAUCUGGCCAGGCAAUGAAGCAAGAGUCGGCAGCACUGGAGUCUUCUUGAGCGAACGUUGCUGGCGUCAGAUCGCGAGAGUCAGUGAUCUUGACGUGGCUCCUAUCGGUAUGCACGACCAGACGCCUUAUGGAGAGCAGGAGGGUAUGUUGUCUCCCGAUCAUGCACGCAAUGGUCGCAAUGAUUCCAACCUCAAUCUCCUCGGCGCCGUCACUCCUUCUCCUGGCGCAUUUUACCACGAUGACAAGGUCGCCGGCUACUUUGGAAGUCGUGAUCUUGAUGCUAAAUCAGAAGCUGGUGCAUCGGCCUUCCAUGGAGGCGACAUGUUCCAAAAUCUCGAGACCCGCUCACAACUCGCUGAGAAGGGCAACGAGGCCAAAGUGGCAGCUAUUGAUGAGGUGCCUGUUACCGGUGCCAGAAGGCGAUGGUUGUUCCUUGUCUAUCUCUUCACCUGGUGGAUCCCUGAUGUCUUCAUCCGCAUCAUCGGUCGCAUGCCUCGUCCUGACAUUCGUAUGGCCUGGAGAGAGAAGGUGGCCAUCAACUUCAUGAUUUGGCUUGCUUGUGCUAGUUUCAUCUUCCUCAUGAUUGGUUUCCCCGCGCUCAUUUGCCCAACACAACACGUUUACUCGGCUGCUGAAUUGCAGUCGCAUAACGGCAAGGACAAAACUGGCUAUGUCGCAAUUCGCGGUGUGGUUUUCAACCUUGAAAACUUUGAGUCGGUCCACUACCCAAACAUCAUUCCUACAUCUGCUAUUGAAAAGUACGCUGGAAAGGACGCAACCGCUCUUUUCCCUGUCCAAGUUUCUGCUCUUUGCCCUGGCACAGACGAGAACGGCAUUGAUCCAGCUGUCCAGCUCAGCUACAAGAGUACCAACUACACUGGCCAAGCUUCGGCGGUUAGCGGGACCGAUAAGAAUGCCGCAUACCACGACUUCCGCUGGGCUACCAACGACUCGCGUCCAGACUGGUUUGCACAACAAAUGAAGUACAUGAAUGAAAACUUCAGAAAGGGUACGCUUGGUUAUACAUCCAAGUAUGUCAAGUCACAAGGCAAGAAGCAACAAUCAAUUGCUAUCCUCAACGGUAAGAUCUAUGAUUUCACCGACUACAUUGCUGGUGGGCGUGCACCCAAGUACCCCGAUGGAUACGAAACCCCCGAUACUCCCCCCAACUCCAACUUCAUCGACUCGCGCGUGGUCAACCUCUGGCAGCAAAAGGCUGGCCACGACGUGACUCACGACUGGGACACCCUUGGCAUGACGCUUGAUCUCAAGAACCGGAUGCAGAUUUGCCUGGAUAACCUCUUUUACGUGGCCGACGUCGACACCAGAAACUCGACAAAGUGUCAAUUCGCCACCUAUCUCUUGCUUGCCAUCUCGAUGUUCCUGAUUGCGGUUAUCGGUGUAAAGUUCCUUGCCGCCCUCCAAUUCGGUGGUAAAAACGUCCCAGAGAAUCUCGACAAGUUCAUCAUCUGCACUGUGCCAGCUUAUACCGAAGACGAAGAUUCUCUGCGUCGUGCCAUAGAUUCCGCUGCAAGAAUGAAGUAUGAUGACAAGCGCAAACUUCUGCUCAUCAUCUGCGACGGUAUGAUUAUCGGACAAGGCAACGACCGUCCUACACCUCGCAUCGUCCUUGACAUUCUUGGUGUUCCUGAGACCGUUGAUCCGGAGCCUCUGAGUUUCGAGAGUUUGGGUGAAGGUCAAAAGCAGCACAACAUGGGCAAGAUCUACUCUGGUCUUUACGAAGUCCAAGGUCACAUUGUCCCCUUCAUGGUUGUUGUCAAGAUUGGCAGACCUGCCGAGGUCGGAAGACCUGGUAACCGUGGUAAGCGUGAUUCUCAAAUGGUCUUGAUGAGAUUCCUAAACAGAAUUCACUACAACCUACCAAUGGCUCCGAUGGAACUCGAGAUGUAUCACCACAUUCGAAACAUCAUCGGUGUCAAUCCGACUUUCUACGAGUUCCUGCUGCAAAUCGAUGCAGAUACUGUCGUUGCACCUGAUUCGGCUACACGUUUCGUCGCUUCCUUCCUCCACGACACACGUCUUAUUGGUGUUUGCGGUGAGACGGCUCUUACCAACGCUAAAUCUUCCAUUGUCACGAUGAUGCAAGUGUAUGAGUACUACAUUUCGCAUAACUUGAUCAAGGCUUUCGAAUCGCUCUUCGGCUCAGUCACUUGUCUGCCUGGUUGUUUCUCGAUGUAUCGAAUCCGUGACGCGGCCUCUGGAAAGCCUCUCUUCGUCUCCAAGGAGGUUGUCGAGAUGUACGCAGAGAUUCGUGUUGACACUCUCCACACCAAGAACUUGCUUCAUUUGGGAGAGGACAGAUACUUGACUACCCUUCUGAUGAAGUGGCAUCCUUCUUACAAGACCAAAUUCAUCAUGCGCGCCAAGGCUUGGACCAUUGCUCCUGAUAGCUGGACGGUCUUCAUGUCGCAACGUCGUCGUUGGAUCAACUCUACUGUACACAAUCUUGUUGAGCUCACUUCGCUGUCCCAGCUUUGUGGUUUCUGCUGUUUCAGUAUGCGUUUCGUCGUCUUCCUCGACUUGCUCUCAACCAUUAUUCAACCAGUCUUGGUUGGAUAUCUGGUCUACAUCUUCGUUCGCAUUGGACAGGAUCCUACCGGUGUCUCGACGAUUGCCAUCAUCAUGUUGGUCGCUGUAUACGGUAUGCAGGCACUGGUCUUCAUCAUUCGUCGUAAGUGGGAGAUGGUCGGUUGGAUGAUCAUCUACCUCAUUGCUACACCAGUCUUCUCCAUGGCACUUCCUCUCUACUCUUUCUGGCACAUGGACGAUUUCUCGUGGGGUAACACUCGUGUCGUCACUGGAGAAAAGGGCAAGCAACUCGUUGUAUCUGACGAGGGCAAGUUCGACCCAGCCAGCAUUCCGAAGAAGAGAUGGGAAGAAUACCAGGCCGAGCUUUGGGAAGCGCAGACUUCGCGUGAUGACGACGCCCGUUCUGCAAUUUCCGGCGUCACCGGCGUGUCGUAUGCAACCAAGUCAGCUUAUCCCGGCAUGGGCGGUUCCGUCUACGAUUACCCACCUUCGCGACCCAUGUCGACAUUGGGCGUGCCGCAAGGUCCGUUCGGCAACCAGUCGCGCAUCAGUCUUGCACCAAGUGAGAUGGGUCUCAUGUCUGGCGGUUACAGCCCAGGCUCUGUUGAGAUGACGGACAUGCCACUCCCAAGUGACGAUGCUAUUCUGGCAGAAAUCCGUGACAUCCUGAGCAAGGCUGAUCUUAUGACCAUUACGAAGAAGAGUGUCAAGUCUGAGCUUGAGAGACGUUUCGGUGUACCGCUGGACGCUAAGAGGGUAUACAUUGGAUCGGCCACAGAAGCCAUUCUCAGUGGACAGUUGUAA